ACGGCAGCAGCAGCAGCAGCAGCGGGAGGAGCGGAGACGGUAAUCCUCCUCCUCCUCCUCCUCCUCCCCCCUCCACCCUAAAGCCCGCGCACCCCACCCUUCUCCAAACAACAAAAAAAAAAACCAAACCCAGAAACCGGGAGGCAGAAGGGGGGAGAACAAAAAAACCUGGCGGCAGGACACCUGUGCUGCUGGAUAUUCCAUUUUCUUUUCUUUAAAUGUUGGGGCAUUUCAAAAACGUCACAGCCAGAUGUGGACGAUGGUGACGACGUGCAGCAGUGACGAUUAGAACGGGGGAUGUAGACGCGCGGACUCGAGCGGCCACAUCUGACUCGACCGACGGCGGCACCGGCAGCAUCAGCAGCAUCAGCACCAGUCAGUCGGCGGAUGGAGAUACGUUGUGAAGGAGGAGGCGGAGGAGGAUGAUGAUGAUGAUGAUGAUAUAGCAGGUGCUGCAGGGUCGUGUGCCGCAUUGCCUGGCCGCCGCGAGCGACGCCGGGGGGAGACGGUGAUGCUGUCGUCCUCAUUGUGCCACAGAAGAAAUCGAGAGGACGAGAGGUUGUUUUUUUUUUUUCUCUUUUGACAUGAUGGAGGCGAGCGGCUGCGCGUCGGCCCCGAGCUCAGGCCGCCCGGACCAGCAGCAGGUUGGAUGUACCGCCGCCUGAAGCCCCUUCGGCACCUGGAUUCACGACAUAUACACACGGCGGCAAGACAAGCAAAAGAAUUAUAGGACAAAGUUGAAUUGCUGCGAGGGAGCGUGGAAGUGAAAUGCGUCCGUGCGUAAAAGAGUGAGUUUGGCCCAUAUGCUGGUAAUUCACCAGAGCGGCAGCGGCAUCUGUGCCAGUUCAGGGUGGAUUACGUCUACAGGGCAGCAGGGCCUCGUCUGAGGGAGAAAUAAUCUAACACACACACACACACACACACACUCCCCUGUUGCUGGAGGAAAGGGUUGAUUGUGUUGUUUCGGUGCGGUGGGGUCCUCCUCCUCCUCCUCCUCCUCCUCCUCCCCGCGCGGAGGGACAGCUGUUGCGAGCGAUGACUCACUUACAGGCCGGCCUGUCUGCGGAGACGCUGGAGAAGGCCAAGGUGGAGCUGAAGGAGAACCCGGAGACGCUGCACCAGGACAUCCAGGAGGUGCGGGACAUGAUCAUCACGCGGCCGGACAUCGGCUUCCUGCGCACGGACGACGCGUUCAUCCUGCGCUUCCUGCGCGCGCGCAAGUUCAACCACUUCGAGGCGUUCCGCCUGCUGGCGCAGUACUUCGAGUACCGGCAGCAGAACCUGGACAUGUUCAAGAACCUGAAGGCCACGGACCCGGGCAUCAAGCAGGCGCUGAAGGACGGCUUCCCCGGCGUGCUCUCCAACCUGGACCGAUACGGCCGGAGGAUCCUGGUGCUGUUCGCGGCCAACUGGGACCAGAGCAGGUACACGUUCGUGGACAUCCUGCGGGCCAUCCUGCUGUCGCUGGAAUCCAUGAUCGAGGACCCGGAGCUGCAGGUCAACGGCUUCAUCCUCAUCAUCGACUGGAGCAACUUCACCUUCAAGCAGGCGUCCAAACUCACCCCCAGCAUGCUGCGGCUGGCCAUCGAGGGGCUGCAGGACAGUUUUCCUGCCAGAUUCGGAGGCAUCCACUUUGUGAACCAGCCGUGGUACAUCCACGCCCUGUACACCGUCAUCCGACCCUUCCUCAAAGACAAGACCAGGAAGAGGAUCUUCAUGCACGGCAACAACCUGAACAGCCUCCACCAGCUGAUCCACCCCGAGAUCCUGCCGUCGGAGCUCGGCGGCAUGAUGCCGCCGUACGACAUGGGCACGUGGGCGCGGACGCUGCUGGACCACGCCUACGACGAGGAGACCGACUACUGUCCGGAGUCGUACACCCUGUCGGUGCAGGACCUGGAGAGAGACCUGGAGAAAAACCUGUCCCCCAAAACCAUGAAGAGGUCCCAGUCGGUGGUGGAGCCCGGCGUCCUGAAACGACCGGACAAGGUCAAGAGCGGCGAAGACAACAUGCAGCCGCUGCUGUCGCUGGACUGAACGACGAAUACUCUGACAGACUAACCUGCGCACACGCUGUUGGCGACACACACACACACGCACACACACACACACACACACACACACACACACACACACACACACACACACACCUUCCUCCAGAGAGAGUGCUGCUGCUGUCGUCGCUGCGGCAGGAUUCUUGUUUCUCACGAACUCUCGUGAUUUGGAAAUGAGCCGGUACGAAGCAGACGGCGGUGGCCAGAGACGGGGACGACGGACUAACCUCUGACCCCCAAGAGCUACGGAUGGUGUUCUAUAUAUAUAUUUAUUUAUUUUAGUUAUUUGUCAAGUGCCAAUACCCAAAAAACAACUGUUAAAUUAACGUCUUUAAGCAAAUCCGACCCCUCUCGGGACGCAGCGCGCGGGGGGGGGGCACAAACGCGCGAGAACACGUGUUUCCUGCAGUUGUAUAGUAAACUGAGGACGUGGGGAAAAAGUGGGAAUCAUACUUCGAAG